GGGAAGGAUGUGAUUACAGCCUCUGUCGUGUGCCUCAUCGGUCCUUUACACUGUACGCUGUUAUUUGUGUUCCUCCUGCUUUUUUUGUACCGUUGAAAUGGAGCUCCGUGGAAACUAGCAGGCGUGCACCUAUUCGAAUUCUCCCUUAUCUUAAGAGAAUGAUCCACCAGCAAGUUAUUUUUUCCCAGGUGAGACCCAGGUCUGCUUCAGGUACUACCAUGGCGUCAACGGAACACUGAGGGCAACGACUCCCAGCAUAACCAUAAAGAAAGCUUCUGCACCUGUAUUAAAGCCAGUGGUUAGUCCUGAAGUCAACCAUGGACUGGGCAACAGGAGACUCAUUAACUUUUCCUUAUCAGACCUCCACGCAGUUGGCUUGAAGAAGGGGAUGUUUUUCAAUCCCGACCCCUACCUGAAACUUUCGAUCCAGCCUGGAAAGCACAGCAUCUUCCCCUUGCUGCCACACCAUGGCCAGGAGAAACGCUCUGGAGUGGUCUGCAACACAGUCAACCCACAAUGGAGCAAUGAGCGGUUCAACUUUGUGUCUCUGCCCACUGAUGUACUGGAGAUCGAAGUGAAGGAUAAAUUUGCCAAGAGUCGGCCAAUCAUCAAGCGUUUUCUUGGAAAGCUCUCUGUCCCUGUCCAGAGGCUGCUGGAAAAACAUGCCAUUGGGGAUCGAGUAGUGAGUUAUUCGCUGGGUCGCAGGUUGCCAACAGACCAUGUCUGCGGCCAGCUGCAGUUCCGCUUUGAGUUGACUUCUUCUAUUCACCCAGAUGAUGAGGAGAUCUCUCUGGUCAUAGAGUCAGCCUGUCCUCAGGGGGGAAAUACACCAAAUGACAACCAUGCUGCUGAUGCUCCUGAUGACACAUUAAGUGUGGGACCUGACAUGCCUGAUCUCCCCCUGGAUGCCCCUCCUGACCCUGAAAUGACGGUGGUAACAGCAUCCACAGCGGAAGCCUCCACACCUGAGGAGGUCCGUGCUGAGGAUGAGGAGGCUGAGUCAACGCCAGAAGAUCAAGACACUGUGGAUGAAGAGAGCACAGUGAGGGAGGAGCCCCUGUCUACAGAGCCACAAGUGGAGAAGGAGCAGGGGGAACUGGCUGAACAGCAAGAAGGGAACAGUGGAGAUGAUGGAGAAAGGGAGGAGAGGCAACAAGAAGAAGAAGAAGAAGAAGAAGAAGAAGAAGAAGAAGAAGAAGAAGAAGAAGAAGAAGAAGAAGAAGAAGAAGAAGGGGAGCAGAGAGAAGCGUUUGCACCACAAGCUCAUGAGGAUACGACUGGAGAAGAAAAUUAUGUUGGAGAGGAAAUACAGCCAAAGCCAGACUCUGAAAAUACUGUUGAAAUAUCAACAAACAAUGGGGCUGUUACUAUUGAGGACCCGAUGGAGGGAAGCAUCGCUUCCCAAAAGGCCGAUGUAGAACAAAGGGCUGCUCAGGAGGUGACAGAGGGCGGAGAAAUAAGCUGCCUCCCCUGCACCUGUGAAUCCCUCUUCUCAAACUAUAACUCUAAUGCUCCUUUGCGCCGCAAAAAUCGCCCCUGCUCCCUUCCAGUGUCAGAGUUGGAGACGGUGAUCGCAUCGGCCUGCGGAGAGCCGGAGACACCCAGAUCUCACUACAUUCGGAUCCACCACCUCCUCCACAGUCUCCGCUCUGCCCAACACAGAGCUCCCAGCCAGGAGGAGGAGGAGGUCAGGGAGGGAGAUAAUACAAGCACCACUCAAGACACCACUUCCACAAAACUUAAAACCUCCGAAGAGGAGGAGGGGCUGGAGGAUGAGGAAGAGGAUGAUACAACCCUAUCUCCCUCUCAGGUCCCAGAGUGUCCCGGCCCCUGCUGUCGUCGCUCCUUACCACGCAGCCUCUCAAUUGAACGCCUUUCUGAGCUAAACCAGCUCCUGGAAGGUGAUGGAGGAAGAGGAGGAGGCGGACAUACAACAGUGGAGAGCGAAGAGGGGGAUUCCAGUCAUGGAGGAGGAAGAAGAGUUGGCUGUAGCACCCUCAGACAUCAGGGUGAGAACGACUGUGAAUUCUGCGACACAUCCUGCUACAGUACCUCCUGCUACAGCACUUCCUGUUACAGCACAUCAUGUUACAGCAACUCUGGCUAUGAGGGUAGGAGCCGCUUUUGUAGCCAUACCCGCCUGUCGUCAGUGGACAGCAACAGACUCUCUGGUAGUACGGUGUUCUCCUCCCAGGAUGAAGAUGAAGAUGAGGAAAGUGCCUUUGAGUCAGUACCUGAUAGCAGCCUCUUGCCAGAUGGCCAAGAGGUGAGCGGGGCAGGAGGAGAGAGGAGGACAGAGAGGUUGAGGGAGGCCAGGAGAGGACAGCAGGCAGAGCCAGCUGUGCCAGGGCCCAGCGAUAUAAACAACAUUGGCUUAGGCUCCUCCCCUCCUGUUGGCCAUCUUCCAGUCCUGCGACCCAGCCAUGACCUAAACCAUUUUCCUGCUGCCACUGACCAAGCCUUACCUCCAAACUGGGAAGCUCGUAUUGACAGCCACGGCAGAGUUUUUUAUGUGGAUCAUGUCAACCGUACCACAACUUGGCAGAGACCAAGCCACAGCAGCAAGUGUAACCACGGCAUCCCCCACUCAGGAUCCACACAGCAGAUGGAACAACUCAACAGGAGGUACGAGAACAUCCAAAGAACCAUGGCCACAGAAGAGGAUGGUGAAAGUCCAAGGUUAGAGCGCAGCAGCAGUGCGGACACUGAUUCUGAGACUUCUCAGACAGGUCCCGCUUCCCCUGUCAAUCACCAGAGGAUCAGUCAUCUCCUCCAAUCGCCUGCUGUCAAGUUCAUCACACACCCAGAAUUCUUCACUGUGUUGCACAGUAACUAUGCAGCCUACCGGGUGUUCACCAACAGCAGUUGUGUGAAACACAUGAUUCUGAAGGUGCGCCGCGAUGCCAGAAACUUUGAGCGCUACCAGCAUAACCGGGACCUUGUGGUUUUCCUCAACAAGUUCGCAGACACUCAGCUGGAGCUACCAAGAGGCUGGGAGAUCAAGACUGACCCCCAGGGCAAGUCUUUUUUUGUGGACCACAACAGUCGUGCCACGACGUUCAUUGACCCGCGCAUCCCUCUGCAGAGUGGCCGGCUGCCUGGCCACCUUGCUCACAGUCAACAUCUGCAGAGAUUGCGCAGCUAUAGCGCUGGGGAGGCCUCUGAUGUGUCCAGGAGUCGUGGGGCUUCCCUAAUGGCCAGGCCUGGAAAUAGCCUGGUAGCCGCCAUACGAAAUCAGCACAACAACUCACAACAAUUGACUGCUCCUUCGUACAAUGACAAAAUUGUGGCAUUCCUUCGACAGCCAAACAUAUUUGAUAUGUUGCAAGAGCGACAGCCAAGCCUAAGCAGAAACCAUGCUCUGAGGGAGAAAAUUCACUACCUUCGGACAGAAGGUACUCAGGGGGUGGAAAAAUUGUCAUGUGAUGCAGACCUAGUCAUCCUGUUAAGUUUAUUUGAAGAGGAGAUCAUGUCUUAUGUUCCGCCUCAUCCCAUCCUCCACGGCUUCAGCAUUUCUCCUCGCUGUUCACCUGCCUCCUCACCACAAAACUCUCCUGGCCUGCAGAGGGCCAGGGCUCCAGCUCCUUACCGCAGAGACUUUGAGGCCAAACUAAGAAACUUUUACAGGAAAUUAGAGGCCAAGGGCUACGGGCAGGGACCAAGCAAAAUCAAGUUGCUGAUCAGGAGAGAACUCUUGCUGGAAGGAACCUUUAACCAGGUGAUGGCAUACUCCCGCAAAGAGCUGCAGAGAAACAAACUCUACGUUACUUUCCUCGGAGAGGAGGGAUUGGACUACAGUGGUCCGUCCAGAGAGUUUUUCUUCCUAUUGUCUCAGGAGUUGUUUAAUCCAUACUACGGUCUGUUUGAAUACUCAGCUAACGAUACUUACACCGUUCAAAUCAGCCCCAUGUCAGCAUUUGUUGAAAACCAUCUGGAAUGGUUUCGUUUCAGUGGUCGUAUCCUUGGCCUGGCUCUAAUUCAUCAGUACCUACUGGAUGCUUUCUUCACCAGACCCUUCUAUAAGGCCCUGCUCAGACUGCCGACAGACCUGUCCGAUCUGGAGUAUCUGGAUGAGGAGUUCCACCAGUCUCUGCAGUGGAUGAAGGAAAACGACAUCACUGACAUCCUGGACCUCACCUUCACCGUCAAUGAGGAGGUCUUUGGCCAGGUGACGGAGCGGGAGCUAAAGUCAGGCGGCUCAAACCUCCAGGUGACUGAGAAGAACAAAAAAGAUUAUAUAGAGCGAAUGGCCAAGUGGAGGGUGGAGAGAGGAGUGGUGCAGCAGACAGAGGCACUGGUCAGAGGCUUCUACGAGGUGGUAGACUCAAGGCUAGUGUCUGUGUUUGAUGCGCGGGAGCUGGAACUGGUUAUUGCUGGUACAGUCGAGAUUGACCUCAGUGACUGGAGGGGCAACACAGAGUACAGAGGAGGUUACCAUGAUGGUCACAUAGUGAUGCGGUGGUUCUGGGCUGCUGUGGAGCGGUUCAACAAUGAGCAGCGUCUCCGCCUGCUGCAGUUUGUCACUGGGACGUCCAGUGUGCCUUACGAAGGCUUUGCUGCGCUGCGGGGAUCCAACGGCCUCCGACGCUUUUGUAUUGAGAAGUGGGGCAAAGUCACAUCACUACCCAGGGCUCACACCUGUUUUAAUCGUCUGGACCUGCCUCCAUACCCUUCAUACACCAUGUUGUAUGAGAAACUGUUGAUUGCGGUGGAGGAAACCAGCACGUUUGGCCUGGAGUGAGCCAGCAAUACAUUAAGACAUCAACACUGCAUCCUUUUUUCUGUGUGACAAUGGUUGGGCAAAAAAUGUAAAGGAAAAAAAACAGCUCUUCCUUGCUGUUCCUUUCUCGUUGCCGAGAUACCUGGAUUGUACUCAACAAAGUCUUUGGUCAAGUGGAUGUAUGUCACUGGAAUGGUACUGUAUCUUAGAAUCUCUCACUGAGCUAUGAGUAUCUUUAUCACAGCACCCAGCACACCACAGCAGGAUAACUGCUAAUUAUACAAUUUAUAACAUAAGUUCUAAAAAAAGUAAAGUUAGAAAAAUACAUAGUGGAAAUAUAAACAGAAACAAAGACAAAGAUAAACAUUCAAUUGAAACUUCUAACUUCUAUACGAAUAAUGCAAUUAGUGCACAUAAACAAAGCUUCAGGUUUGCCAUUUUUCAUGUACUAAAUGAAAACUGGAGAUAUUCAGAUGCAUUUAUAAACAUGGCCUUAAAAUAUGUGGUUUGAAAUAUAAUGCAGGUUUGAAAAGUUCCUCAAAUAAACAAAAACUAUGGUUGCUCUGAUGCCAAAUGAUUAA